AUGAUUAAUGAGGAUAUAAAUAUUUGUGGAAAUAUUAAUAUGAAGGAUAACGAUAGAGAUAAUGAUAAUAAUGAUAAAUAUAAUGAUAAAUAUAAUAAUAAUAAUAAUGAUAAUAUACUUAUGAAUGAUUCCAAUGGAGAUCGAAGAAUAAUUAAGCUAGCUGAAGAAGAUAUUAAUCGUAUAGCUGCUGGUGAGGUUAUAAUUCGUCCAUGUAAUGCUUUAAAAGAACUAGUAGAAAAUAGUUUAGAUGCAAAUUCGAGUUCUAUAAGUAUACAUUUAAAUAAAGGAGGAUUAAAAUCAUUACAAAUUAUAGAUGAUGGGGAUGGUAUACAUAAAGAGGAUUUAAGAAUAGUAUGUGAAAGAUUUACAACUAGUAAAAUUAGUAAUCAUAAAGAUAUAAGAAAUAUUAAAACUUUUGGUUUUAGAGGUGAAGCUUUAGCAUCUAUUUCUCAUGUAUCCUAUUUAACAAUAACUUCUAAAAAAAGAAAUUCUCCUUUUUGUUAUACGUGUAAUUAUAAAGAUGGGAAACCUACUCAAGAUGAACCUACCGUUUGUUCAGGUAAAAAUGGUACUAUAAUAAGAUUUGAUGAUUUAUUUUAUAAUAUGCCAGCAAGAUUAAAAACUAUGAAUCCUAAUGAUGAAUAUAAUAAAUGUUUAGAAGUAUUACAAAAAUAUGCAAUUCACUAUCCAAACGUUUCUUUUACAUGUAAGAAAUGGUUAAGUAAUACUGUUGAUUUGAAUACUCAAAAGGUUGGUAAGGGCAUAGGAGGUUAUGCAGGUAUAUAUAUCAUAAAGAAGAAAAGAAAGGAACGGUUUGAUGAAAACAAUACUACCGAUGGGAAUUUACCCUGUGAUAAUAAUAUGACAUGUAAUAAUUUACCACAUGAUAAUAAUAUAACAUGUAACAAUUUACCACAUGAUAAUAAUAUAACAUGUAACAAUAUACCACAUGAUAAUAAUAUAACAUGUAAUAAUUUACCACAUGAUAAUAAUAUAACAUGUAAUAAUUUACAACAUGAUAAUAAUAUAACAUGUAAUAAUUUACCACAUGAUAAUAAUAUAACAUGUAAUAAUUUACCGUGUGAUAAUAACCAUACGGAUAAAGAAGCCACCGAUAAUCCAGACGCAUCGUCAUGUAUGUAUAACGAAUUAGAAAAGAAAAUUUUGGAAGAAGAAAAAUAUUUAGAUGAGAAUUAUGAAAAACAUCUAAACAACGUAAGAUGUGUUAUUCAAAAGGUUUAUGGUAGGAAUAUAUCUAAAGAAUUAAGCACAAUAUUUUUAAAAGAAAAAAGUAUUCCUACAUUUUUUAAAUGUUAUGGAUUAAUAAGUAAUCCUACAUAUAAUGGGAAGAAGGGAUGUUAUAUAUUUUUUAUAAAUGACCGUUUAGUAGAAUCUAAUAUAAUAAAAAAAAGUUGUGAAAAUCAAUAUUCAAAUUUUUUGGCUAAAGGGAAUUACCCUUGGAUAUAUUUAUCUUUACGUUUAAAAUACGAUAUAGUAGAUAUUAAUGUUCAUCCUACAAAAAAAGAAGUACAUUUUUUAUAUCAAGAAGAAAUAUCCAUGUUGAUAGGGAAAAAGAUACAGGAGUUUUUAAAAUCUUUUCAUAACAUGAGAACAUUUAAUAUAACUGGAGAGAAACUUUUACAAACAAAACUAGAUAUUAAUUCGAGCAUGCUAGAAAUAAAAAAAGAAGAUAAAGAAUUAUCAAAAUUAAGACAAGGUUUAUUACAUGAUAAUAACAAUGUAAUAAAAAGGCAAAUUGAUACUAAGAGGGUGAGAACAGAUUUCAAGCAAAUAACUUUGACGAAUUAUUUUGUAAAAAAAGAAAAUAUGAUAGAUGAUCAUCUUGAUAAUAACAAAUCUGUUGAUAUGUUAUAUAAUGGUGAUCAUAAUGGUGAUGCUAAACAGAUUGAUUUAUAUGAACAUAAUGAUGAGUACAACAAAACCUAUGAUCAGACAAAUAUAAGGGCAAAUCUUCAUAUGAAUUACAAUAAUAAUAAUAACAAAAUAGAGGAAAAGGAAUAUGAAAUAUUAAAAUUAAAAGGGCCUAAUAGUGUUUUAUACAAUACCCAAAUAGAUAAACAUAUUAGUAACAAAAUAUAUGAUAGAAAAUAUCCAUGUGAAGCAGAUGAAAUAUCUAGUAUAAAGAAAUUAAAAAUGAUUUGUGAAGAAAAAGAAAAAAAAGAAUUAACAGAAUGUUUAAAAAAUUCCAUAUAUGUAGGACCUGUUGAUAAUAUGCAUAGUUUAAUACAAUAUAAAGAAAAAUUAUUAUUAAUAAAAAUGCCGCUUAUAAUAAAAGAAGUUACAUAUCAAUCUAUAUUAAAUAGAUUAGGUAAGAUACCACCUUUUGAAUUUGAUCCACCUAUACCUUUAUAUGAUUUAUUAUUAGUAGCUGUUAAUAAUUCUUAUUCUGGUUUUUAUGAAAAUCCAAAUUAUGCGAAUAAGAAUAUAGAAAAAGUAUGUAAUGAAUUGGAACAAAUAUUUUAUACGUAUAAUGAAAUGUAUUCAGAUUAUUUUUCAAUAAUUAUUGAAGAUGGUUGUAUUGUUACUUUUCCAGCUUGUUGUGGAGAAUAUUUCCCAGGACAAGAAUUUCUACCUUUCUUAUUUUUACGAUUAGCUACACAAAUUGAUUAUUCAAAAGAAAUUAAUUGUAUUAAUGGUAUAUGUUAUUUACUAGCGAAUUUUUAUUCGAAAAUUACCUUAUUGAACGAUAAAGAAUGGACAUACCAAGAUGAUCUUCUUAUGAUUCAAGAAAAAGAAAAAGAAAUACAAAUGUUGUUAAACAAAAGUAAUAAACAUAUUAACAAUUCAAAUCAUCAUAAUCAACAUUAUGAUGAAACAAAUCUUGAUUAUAUUCUAGGAGAUGAAUCGGUAGUAGAUAUUAAUAAACAUUUAUCCGUAUCUAGAAAUAUUAAUCUAGUUUUUGAAAAAUAUUUUUUUCCUAUGAUACAAUUAAAUAAUAUUAUGAAAAUACCUACCACAUUUUCAAAUAAUGGAUAUAUAAUAGAAUUAACUUCACUCAAUCAGCUCUACAAAAUUUUUGAACGUUGCUAA